AUGUCCUCCGAAUCAGUUAUAUUUGUCCCUAACCUCCCCGCUUACAUCGCCCUAACAUCAUUUCAUGAACUAUCCAUAAAAAGUUCCUUCUUCACCAAAAAUAUUGUUGUUGAAGUUUUCGCCUGCGUAACUGCUAUACACAAUGAAUUCCCGGGGCCAACCGAAGAUAUAAUUUUCCAAGUAAUGCUUACUAUGGUGCCUACGUCUUUGCGAAUACUUCUGAUGUUGUUGAUGGUCGUCUGGGCUCGACCUCAGUUCGGCCCAUUCGGACCCGUUGGUGGGCCUAUGGGACUGGGUGGACCGUUUGGAGGCCCAUGGUUUGGUGGUUUCGGGCCACCACCACCACCACCACCACCACCAAUGGGACCAUUUGGUCCUUUUGGGCCAAUGGGUGGAUACGGAUACCGACGAGAUCCAGUUAGAGGAGCGUUAAGAGGUGCACUCUUAGGGGGACUGUUUGGUGCGUUAGCGGGUUGA